UGUCUGUGGUACAAUACUUGCUUACGAUGCCAGGCAGCAGCAGGGAGUCCCUGCUCUGCCAGCUACAGGACAUGAAGUGAAAGCAUCCGAUGAUUUACGGUGCAGCACAUUCAAUAAAUUACGGUGCAUGAAACAUUCAGCAUUUUAUUAUGAAAUAAGCUAUGUGUUACAUUUUCUCAAAGACAGGCCAAUAAGCCCGUGGGCAUCACCUCUGCAGAAGAACAUAGCUGAGAUAAAGCACAGAGCUUCAGUUUACUCACUCCUUAUUCUGGCCUCUACAUACCCACUGUGUCUCAUCAUAGCACAACAAGCUGUGGAGAUCUUUGUGGGUUUCGGCUUUAUUGGAAUCGGUAAGGGUGCCAUGUCAUCCAGGACCUUAUGUGACCGCUACCUGCUAAUUCACAGAUUUUCAGCCACUGGUGAUUCCAUACUAGAGAAAACACGCGGAGUGCUGGUGAUGGUGAGUCAGGAGAUGUUCCACACUGGAGGGGAUGUGACAGACAAGUGGAAUCAAGUCGAGACAGUGACCUUUGAGGAUGUGGCUGUGAACUUCACCUUGGAGGAGUGGACUUUGCUGAAUCCAUCCCAGAAGAAACUCUAUAGAGAUGUGAUGGGGGAAACCUUUAGAAGCAUGGCUUCUGUAGGAAGAGUGUGGGAUAACGGGAGAUUUGAAGAAGAGUACAAAAAUUACUGGAGAAAUCUAAGAAAUAAAAUUUGGAAUCAAUAUAAUGAAAUAUUCCUUUGGGCUCCAGAUGGUAAUGUGGACAUGAAACAGGGUGGUUUAAAACCAGCAGAAAGGCUUGCUUGUAGAAAGUCCCUGAUUAGGCCUUUGUCCCUAAAUGUGCCUGUGUUAACUCACACUGCACUGAAACCAUGUGAGUAUUUGGCAUCUGAACAGAAGCUGUACAAAUGUAAUGAACAUAGAAGAACAUGUAGUAAUUUCCAAUUCCUUCAGAAGCAUGGAAGGACAAUGGCUGGAGAGAAAUUCUAUGAAUGUGAUCAAUGUGGAAAAUCUUACUCUGAUCUUAGUGAAAGAAAUCACCUUAGACAGAAGACCUUUGUAUGUAAGCAAAGUCUGAAAGCCUCCAGCACACCCAAUGAUGUUCAGAUCCAUGAAAGAAAUCACAGCGAGGGAAAGCCUUAUGUAUGUAACCAAUGUGGGAAAGGUUUCAGUACACAUCGAUAUUGUGAAAUACAUAAAAGAUGUCACACUGGUGAGAAACCCUAUAUAUGUAAACAAUGUGGUAAAGCUUUCAGUACACAGGGGUAUUGUAAAAUACAUGAAAGAAGACACACUGCAGAGAAAUCCUAUUUAUGUAAGAAAUGUGGGAAAGCUUUCAGCACACAUGGAUAUUGUCAAAUACAUGAAAGAACUCACAGUGGGGAAAAACCUUAUGUAUGUAAGCAGUGUGGGAAAGCUUUCAGCAAGCGUAGUUCAUGUAAUAUACAUGAAAGAAAUCACACUGGGGAGAAACCCUAUGUAUGCAAGCAAUGUGGAAAAGCUUUCAGUGCACAGUCUUAUUGUAAAAUACAUGAAAUAAGUCAUGCUAGGGAGAAACCCUACGUAUGUAAGCAAUGUGGAAAAGCUUUCAGCAGGCAUAGUGCAUGUAAAAUACAUGAAAGAAGUCACACUGGGGUGUGGGAAAGCUUUUAUCAGGCACAGCGAAUGUAA